GUCGGAGCUGGUGGUAUGCAAGCAUUGGCCAUGCACUUGACUAAUCCGUCACAGCGUUUGGUACAGAAUUGCUUGUGGACAUUGCGUAAUUUAUCCGACGCAGCCACCAAAACCGAUGGACUCGACAUUUUAUUACAAAACUUGGUCCACAUUCUCGGCUCACAAGAUGCCAACUUUGUGACCUGCGCCGCCGGAAUCUUGUCCAAUUUGACGUGCAACAAUCAGCGCAACAAACAGAUUGUUUGCCAGGUGAACGGCGUCGAAGCACUGGUCAAUACAAUCAUCAAUGCUGGCGAUCGUGAGGAGAUCACUGAACCGGCCGUUUGUGCAUUGCGCCAUUUGACUUCACGUCACGAGUUGGCCGAGAUGGCACAGAAUGCGGUUCGCUUGAUCAAUUACGGUAUACGUGUUGUUGUCAAACUGUUGAACCCUCCAUCACGCUGGCCAUUGAUCAAAGCCGUUAUUGGAUUGAUUCGUAACUUAGCUUUGUGCCAAGCCAAUCAUGCGCCACUGCGUGAACAAAAUGCGCUCCACUGCUUGAUCCUCUUGUUGAACAAGGCACAACAGGAUAUCCAACGCUCGUCAAUGGCUAGCAAUGGAUCUCAACAGCCCGGCGCAUAUGCUGAUGGGGUUCGAAUGGAGGAGAUCGUUGAAGGCACUGUCGGUGCAUUGCACAUCCUCGCAAGAGACUCACACAACAAAGUGUUGAUCCGCCAACAAGAAGUAAUUCCGAUAUUUGUCGCUUUGCUUUCGAGUGACAUUGAAAACAUUCAGCGUGUCGCUGCUGGAGUUUUGUGUGAGUUGGCCUCUGAUAAGGAGAGCGCUGACAUGAUCGAAGCCGCUGGCGCAACUUCACCACUCACUGACUUGUUGCAUUCACGUAACGAAGGUGUUGCCACAUACGCAGCCGCCAUUCUCUUCCGAAUGAGCGAGGACAAAUCCACAGAAUAUCGAAAACGUCUGUCCGUUGAGUUGACCAAUUCAUUGUUACGAGACGAAACUGCAUGGCCAAAUGACAUAGGUCUCGGACCAGAUCUUCAGGAUAUGCUUGGAGUCGAUCAAGCAUACGAGGGAUUAUACGGACAGGGCCCACCCAGUGUUCACAGCUCUCACGGUGGACGGAUGUUCCAACAAGCUAAGCCAACCUAAAUUAAUGCUCAGCAAAAGAAAUGAAAAACACGUUAGCAAUUUAGAUCUCAAUGAAAUACCGCAAAAAAAACAAAUUUUCAGUCUUCCAUUUUGAUUUUCUUUCGUUUGAUCAUUUGAUUAAGGCUGAAAAUGGGAUGAUUAUGUAAUUUAAGUUUUAACAAACAAAAAAAAACAAAAACAAGAACCUAAUGCCAGUGUCUAGUCAUAACAUUAUAACAAGCAAACGUAACUUUAGUUUUAAAUCAUCACACAAAAUAAUCCAACAACGAAUAACUGCAACCAAUUUAAUUGCAAAGAACAAAUGGGAUGUUAAGAAAAAGCCAAAAAAAACUAACACAGGAUAGCGUACGAAACAUUGCCAAUACCAAUUGAUUCGUUCCAAGGUCUGGAAUUGUGCAGCCCAUCGUUGGGACCAACAUCACCGUACGAAAUGGAUAUGGAUGUCGGAGAAAUUGGUGCGGGCGAACUGUUGGACUCGAU